AGCUAUAAAUUGCGAGCUACAUUGAAGGAAACCAGAUUGAGUGGCUACACUAGCUAACCUCAUAGUUAUGCCAAGGUCCUGUCCUCUAUGGUAUUUUUUGAAGAACGUUAAUACCUACUGUAUUUACUAUGAAUUACCACUGCAACUAAUGUACGGAAGAGAAGGACGUGAUCAUCAAUGGCAGUCAACGUUUGCGAUCUCCACAUGUGUCUGAUUAGGAGGAAGGGCUGAUCAAUAACUUGGUAGUUAGUUAGCUAGUUAGGCUACUCGACAACAGUGAGUUACUGUAGCUGUCAGCUAGAUGCAGGUGUCAUGUCAAUAUCAGCAGAGUCAACUUCCAUCACACAUGAUUAAUCAGUGGAAUUUGCCUGAUGACUCCUUUAUACAGCUACUAACUAUCUCUAGUGGCAGUGAUGCACAAAUAAACCUGAGGUCCUCUGGUGAGGCUGCUGUGGAGUCAUCAUGGUGGGCUAUGACCCAGGGUCUAAGGGCGCUGCUCCAGCCCCAGAAGAUGCAGCCCUGUCUGGGUCGGCCGCAGGCAUGGUGACCCGAGCCCUGAUCAGCCCCCUGGAUGUCAUCAAGAUAAGAUUCCAGUUGCAGAUAGAGCGCGUAUCGUCAAGGCACCCCGAAGGGAAGUACUGGGGCCUGUUCCAGGCAUCACGUUGUAUCCUGGCAGAGGAGGGGCUGCCUGCCUUCUGGAAAGGACAUAUCCCCGCCCAGCUCCUCUCUGUCUGCUUCGGGGCAGUACAGUUUGCCAGCUUUGAGUUCCUGACUGAGAUGACCCACAAGAGCACCGUCUAUGACAGCCAGACAGCGGGGGUGCACUUUGUGUGUGGCGGUCUGGCCGCCUGCUCUGCCACUGUAGCCUGCCAGCCACUAGACACACUGCGAACACGCUUCGCAGCUCAGGGAGAGCCCAAGGUGUAUCACAGUCUGAGACAUGCUGUGUCCACCAUGUACCGCACUGAGGGGGCCCUGGGGUUCUACCGUGGCCUGGGUCCAACACUGGUGGCAGUGUUCCCCUACGCAGGCCUGCAAUUCUUCUUCUACAAGGUCCUCAAGAACCUCAUGGGACCACCGCCCAAGGACAGCAACGUCGGAGGCAACCUCAGAAGCUUGUUAUGUGGAAGCUGUGCUGGAGUCAUCAGCAAGACAAUGACCUACCCCUUUGACCUCAUCAAAAAGAGACUGCAGGUGGGAGGGUUUGAAGAAGCCAGAGCCCACUUUGGACAGGUGCGGAAGUAUGGUGGCUUUGUAGACUGUGUGUCCCAGAUCGCCAGAGAGGAGGGUCUCCGGGGCUUUCUCAAAGGCCUAUCUCCCAGCCUAGUGAAAGCAGCUGUCUCCACGGGCUUCACCUUCUUCUGGUAUGAGUUCUUCCUUAAUGCCAUACAGAACCUGAAGGGCAGCCAGUGAGCAGAGGCGCUCUGGGUAGAAGUUGCUUUUAGGCACAGAUCUAGGAUCAGCUCAACCACCCCAAAUUUGAACCUCAACCAAUAUGGGGAAAAUGUAAAAAUGGACCAUAGAGCAGUGUCUACGGCAGCAUUUCCCUAACUCUGUCCUCGGGACCCCAAAGGGUACACGUUUUGUUUUUUGCCCUAGCACUACACAGCUGAUUCAAAUGAUCAAAGCGUGAUGAUUAGUUGAUUAUUUGAAUCAGCUGUGUAGUGCUAGGGCAAAAACCAAAACGUCCACCCGGGGGCCAGGACCGAGUUUAGGAAACCCUGGCUUAGGGGCAACUGAAGAAGCAGAGGAACUCAAAGCACUGGAAAAGAAAGGAGGGAAUGGCAGAAUCACGCACAUCUACAUCGUACAUGCCCCCAUCCCACUGGUGAUAGGAGUCAACAUUGCUAGGAAGAAGGAAAAAAGGCUCUCCUUACUGCUGUUUACCUAUAGUGUAUCCUAUAAGUUGGGAAAGUCAAGGUGUGGUGCUGCUCUGGACCUUCCACAUAAGGACUGAUGUCACCUCACCUUACGAUGUGU